AUGUGGAUGCUUGACAUGAGCUGGGUUAGGGUGGUGUCUGGUAUCUGUGACUGUAAUACAGAGUGUAUUGUCUCUUUGUAUGUAUCUCAAUGCCAACCAAGCAAGAGAUUAACAAACACAACUAAGCACGUCGCUAUACGGAAAUCUGCUAAUCUCACAUCAGCGGGCGAGACGUUAGCUGGAGCUGCAGCAGAGCUCGAUCCUGCCGAAACUACACUUUUACCAAAGUGCCAACAAUCUCCGAACACGAAAGCUUCAGCCUCAGGAUGA